GUCAAGAGACAGAAGAGAAACGUUGUGUUUCAAUUUAGAAAAAUGAUAAGCUGUGCCACAGGCCGCAGCUUUUGGGCGUACCUGCCAUACGGCUGUUAUUGUGGUUUGGGAGGAAGUGGUAUCCCUGUGGACGAUACAGACAGGUAUGGUGCGGCGAGUCUGUCACGGAGUUUAGGAUUAUGGCGGAACAAGGGAUAGGGGGUGAGCGGUAGAGGUCAGGGUAUCGAACAGGGAGGUUUACCCCUUCCUGUAAUCGCCUGCCUUACAUCCCUCAUACCUGUUCCUCACCUCUUUUCCAUCACAUUCUACCCGGCCCUUCCAUUAAUAAUAAUAUGACAAAUUUGCCGAUUUAAAGUAACCUAGGGGUAAAUUCAGGGGUUUCAUUUUGAGUUGGGUCAGGAGCCAUGGCUGGUAAAGAGAUCUUUCCACUCGUCCAACGAGUAAAUUAUAAAUUUUGUCGUCAAACUUGGUGAAAGAUUGAAGGAUUUGCCCAUGGAGCAGCUUCGUAAAAACUUGAUAACAGACGGGUAAGGUGAGAGUUAGAGCAAUGUCGUAGUUAUCGUUCAAGUUCAAGGUUUAUUCUCUCGAGGCUGUCAUUAAGAUUUAAAGUUGCCGGGUAAAUACAACAAGUAGGCGGGGAGUCAAACAGCUAGGGAUUUCUUUGGGUUCUAUUUUUCUUAUAUUUUCCUAUGAAAGUAGCUGGCCGGGAGCCACGCUCUUAGUAGCCGGUGAAAUCCCCGGCCCCUGCCUCUAAAUGACAACCCUGGUCUCUCUAAUAAAAAUAGCAAUGUCUUCUUCUUAGUAAUCACCUUGCGGUUACAGUCUAGUCACGUCUUGACUUCAACGUGCCAAGAUUGGAUUAAUUACUGUUACAUGUAGGAAACAUUUCUAGAGUUUUCAGGAUUACUUUUAUAGACCAAAUUUUAAGUUUUUAAUCUGAUUUUACCUAGUUUACUUGCAAAUCUUAUUAUUCCUAUGUUUUAGAUGCUGCAAAGCUCAUGAUGACUGUUAUGAUCAAAUAUACAGAGAACGAAUCUGUUUCUUUAGUCCCUUAUGGAAGUGGUAUCAACGAUCUGGAUGCACUCGCUGUGGUAAGCUUUGGCUGAAGCAUAUAUUCUCAAGGAAGAGUAGGAUAUACUAGAUAACUCUGUUAGUUUAAAAUUUUCAGUGUCAUUGAACUGCAGUAAAAUGCAUACGGUAAGCCUAGAUUAAAGCCUCGCUUAUGGACAUGAACUGCCGGUUUUAAGUUCACCUUCCAUAGGGAAAGUUGCCAGUGUUUCUCAUUUACACCCCCCAUCGGGGAGGUACUCCAGGGAAGUUUGGAUAGAGGGGUGUCGCCGCGUCAUUGAAACCCAGAUCCCGAGAAAAAUCGCUCAUCAUUGUUUUGCUACCCUGUUCCGUGACCCUGAUUCAUUUUAUUUCGCCCAGUGAAUUAAGAAUUUUUUGAACUAAUUUCAUGGAAAUAGGUUAAAAAAACAAACAAAUAUUGUGGUACCACUCAUGUAGACCGCUCAUUGCCAAUCUUCACACUCUUUGUAAUGCUUCCGGCCCAAAACUACAAAAAUAGGUAUAAAUAGGUUUAACCAAACAGGGGUAAGUUGGUCAUAUAAGAAAUAAUUUUUGGUUGUGCUUUAUUUCUUAGCUUCAUCAAACGACAAUUGUGGACGUCGAGUUUGUAAGUGCGACGGAGAAGCAGCUCGUUGCUUUGCCAGGUCAACGUAUGAUCAAAAGAACAAAUUUAGGUGUCAGUGAGACCGAAGGAAACAUUAACGUCUGGGUUUUGAUCAAAUAA